GGAAAAUAAAAAGGCUGUUCUCAAUCUAUCUUCUCUCCUUUGACUUUCAGCUACGUUAACACCUCAUAUCAAUGCUGCCAUAGGCCCUUCAUGAGUGGGCUUAUUACUUCCCUCUUCAUUGAACCCGUCGUUCGGCAAGCCCGCCGCCUCUCCCAGCAGGCCAAUGCCCAGCCAUCCCCCGACAACCGACCUGAAUCUCCCGCAAGCACACGAGACUAUGUUCCCCUGGUCAAUGGCAAUUACAAGGCCGCCGACCCUACUAAGAUCAUAAUGCCGGACUCUGGACAAGAAAAACAUGCUGAUCCCCCAUCGAACGGCGGAUAUGCGGGGUCCGACCAUGGUCGUGCGAUCUCGCCGACGUCGCCGCCGAUCGACCCGACUAACCAACAUCAUGGAACAGAACAUAGCACUAUCCUGGACUCGUCCAGAAGUCCAGUAGGGGACUCAUUGCCGUGUUUGCCAGGUUCUCCUGGUAUGCAUAGAAGACCCUCGACGCCGUCGGUACAGUUUGCCCCUGUCGCUUUUCCCGCGCAUGAAGCCCCUCAGAGCACGAGACAAGACCCCCAAAGCCCACGACAACACUCGAACGACCAACUAUCAGGUGAAGGUGAAGAUAGCGGGACAUCUUAUACCUUACCAGAGGACGAUGGAAUGGGUGCCUUGAGAAAGAGAAUCCACGCUAUCAGGGACCUGGGAUCUAGCAAUGCAGACCAGGCACGCAUGAUCCACGCCUUAAUGACGGAGAACUACCACGCUUCCCAGAAGAGUCUUGAUGAUCAGCCUGCUCCAAGGAGUCUAUCACCUUUUAGCCCUCGCAGCAUCCCACGGGCGGAUAGCCCUGGUAGCUGGUCCGACCGAUCUUCCAGUCAAACAUCGCAGUCUCCAGUCUCGACAGCUCCCGAUACUCCUUCAUACAAUUUGACGCCUGAGGAUUUAAUACCAACGUAUGCGCCCCGGAUGGAGCCCGAGUCGCCUCUCGGUGAAGUGGAAGAUAUAGAUGCAGAAGAAUGUGAGGAAGUUUUUCUGGGCUGUGAACACUAUAAGAGAAACGUCAAGUUGCAGUGCCAUGCGUGUAAGAAAUGGUACACCUGUCGCUUCUGCCACGACGCAGUCGAGGAUCACCAUCUUGACCGGCCAAGAACAGAGCAUAUGCUGUGCAUGUUGUGUGGGCACGCUCAACCUGCGGCACAUUCAUGCGGACAUUGUGGUGAACCGGCGGCGCAGUACUAUUGUCACGUCUGUAAACUCUGGGACAAUGACGCAGACAAGAGCAUAUAUCAUUGCAAUGACUGUGGCAUAUGCCGUAUUGGGCAGGGCCUGGGGAAGGAUUUCUUCCACUGCAAGACGUGCAGUGUCUGUCUUCCGAUCUCUAUCGAGAACACGCAUCGAUGCAUAGAGCGCUCUACGCAAUGUGACUGUCCUAUUUGCGGUGACUAUAUGUUCACGUCGCCAGAAACUGUGGUUUUCAUGCGGUGUGGGCAUAGCAUCCACCAGCGAUGUCUAUCUGAAUAUGCGAAAACUUCGUACCGCUGUCCGAUAUGCAGCAAAACCAUAACAAAUAUGGAAUCCACGUUUCGGAACCUGGAUCGAACCAUCCAAAGCCAGCCUAUGCCAGCCGAAUUUAGAGACACAAGAGCUCUUAUCUAUUGCAAUGAUUGUGGUGCCAAGUCUAUUGUCAAGUAUCACUGGCUGGGUCUUCGAUGUGAUAUGUGUGAAUCAUAUAAUACUGCUCAGAAGCAGCUUCUCCACCGCGAUGCUCAGGAUCCCGCAGAAAUUGAUGGCGAGAACACGGACAUGGCAACCUCACGAAUUAGAUCUUCCUCCUAUGGCGCGGAUGAGACCGUAUUGUCAACGCUAGCCUCGUUGCGAAUUGACACGAGCAGUGUUCCGAGGCCGGAUUCAGCAACCCCCCGGACCAACGCACCUUUGUCCGCCGAAGCAGCUGGCCAGUUCUCGUCCUAUAGUCUGGCUCGUGGUCGUGCAGUCUCGCCGGUGAUCAGUAAUUAUUUUGGUAUCCCGCCAGAUCGUGAAUCGGAGAGGUCGCGAUCCACAUCUUUCUUUAGCGGCUUAACUUUCCGGAACAGUGCGGACGAUGACGGUGGCGAGCUUCGCUUAUGGGGUACCAAAAUCAAGUACAGCUAUGGUUUUCUCGGACAAGAAACCGAAUCUGUUGAUGGGGCCUCUGAUGCAGAAAUUGGAGAGUUGGACGAGGAUGACGAUAGUGGAUCCGAAGAAGCAGAGAAUACUCGUGAAGAAAAUGAAGAAGAUGAAGAAGACGAUCAGGAGAGCAUCGACAUAUUUGGACAUCGAUGA